CUGAAAAUAUUAACCGGAUAUACACCAACAAAGAAGAACACUCAGGAAGUUAGCUAGCCCGGCAAACAAACCGGUGCCAGAGGGAAAAACCGGAUAAAAAGAAAAUAUGCGAAGGUGAAUAAGAGUUCGUGUUGCCUUUUUAAAGACGUUUAAUCUGCUGUUUAUUUCAAGACGCUGACUUUGACGCGGUGAUGUAGAGUCAACAUAAAUAAAGGCCCCAUAUACAACCGGGCUCUCUGUCCGAUGAUUCAGCAGGAUGAUACCUAACUGACCUACCAUAGUGAACCUUAUUGGCAUGCCUCUCUGCCUCGCUGUUCACCAAGAUCCAAACAUGCCGCUCCAGUUUGUCUAUAGCAAGGAGGACUUUGUCAAAGGUGUGUGUCGGAGAAGCGGAAACAGCCUUGGGAUGGCAUCUCCGCCAACAAAGUUUGACAGAACCAUCCAAGCCGGCUGGACAGACAGGAUGAACAGGGGACUCUUUCGCUACCAUCUGGGUGAUUUACAAACACGCAUCCUGCCGGGCCUGUGUGGCUAUGUGGCCCAGCUGAAUGUUCAAAGAGGAAUAGAGAGAAGAAAGCCUCAGGAGAUACUGAGCAUUCAGCAGGAGUUCAGUGCCAAGCAGUUUAAUUUUAACAAAAUCAAUCCAGAAGAAAUAAUAUGUGAGAUGGUAAAGGACACUGAGGGGGUAAAUGAAAAGGGACAGCUGCAUCAACAAUGCAGGAUGGUUGUGCUGGUUAACGUCAGCCCUUUGGAGUUUGGGCAUUGUCUCUUUGUUCCAGAUCCCUCACGCUGUUUCCCACAGGUCCUUACAAGGUUCGCCAUCCAGGCUGGCAUUGAAUCUGUGCUCCUUAGUGCCGAUGCUGGCUUCCGUGUGGGGUUCAACAGUCUUGGAGCAUUUGCGUCUGUCAAUCAUUUGCACCUACAUGGGUAUUACCUGGACCAUGAGCUCAAGGUAGAAUCUAUGGCAGUCAAGCCGCUGGUUCCUGCAGAGGGGUUUUAUUGCUUAUUGGACUUUCCUGGUGGCUUUUUGUUUUACACAGAAUCAGAGUGGGUGGAGAAAGUUGCCAGAGCCAUCUGUAAAGUGACAGACUUUCUUGUGGAGUGUAACAUUGCUCACAACCUGUUCUUGACUAGAGGAUGUCCACCCUGUGAUCACAUGCAGAAAGAAGAGGAUCGCUGUUCAAGAAAAGGUGUUCGUAUCGUUUUGUGGCCCAGAGUAUCAUGCUUCGGGGCCAAGGAGGAGUCUGCCUUCAAUGUUGCUCUCUGUGAGCUGGCUGGACAUUUACCAUUUAAGAACAAGAAGGACUAUGAGCUUACAACUGAGAAAGACGUAAUAGAUAUCAUCCAGAGGUAUCUUUUGCCUGAUGCACAGUUUCACACGUUGGAACAACAGCUUAUUUCUCAUUUGAUGGAUUUAUAACGAAUCAACUAGAUUAGACACUACAACGUCUGAAAUAUGUGUUUUUGGUGACAUCAAGCGAUGUCAUUUCAUUUAGAAAAAUAUAUCUUCACACUGGAUUAUACUUUAGGAGCUAUGUUAUCUCCUUUUGUGGUGUACAAAAAUACCUUCCAACAUAAUUUAUCAAUGAUAGUAUAUUUAAUAGACUAAUGAAAGUGUUGUAUUAAAACUGGUUUCAAAUAAAUUGCCAAAAGUAUUUUAACCAUAAA